GUGAGCGGGAGAGGCGGGAUGGACCCGACGUACUUUGCCCGCGACGUCCAGACGCUGGAGCGUCUGCUGCGUGAAAACCACAGUGCGACGGUAGGGUACACUGGGCGAUUUGGCCAGUCUCGAGCUGUCGAAGCGCUGGCGCUCAACCUGCUCGACGUCGCCAAAUAUGUCGUCAAGAACCAGGGUGUGUCCUUCAACAUCGAAGAUCCACUCGUCGACGCGGCGCUGGAACACGCGAUUGCGACCAACAACAUGGAAGCACUUCACUUGAUUGUAACGCACUCGUCCCUUCGCCCGACGUGUCUGACCCAAGACACGAUAUCACAAUUCACGGUCGAAUCCGUCGAAGAUAGCUUUCCCAUCAAUCGCCGUUUGUCGCGCGGAAACACCGCUUUGCAUUACGCUGUCAUGUACGAGUCUGUGCACGCCACCGACUACUUGCUUGCCCAAGGUGCGUCGAGUUUGUCAUAUCCGGCGAUCGAGCGCGGCAGGUACAUCACGGAUGUUAUGUAGGAGCAAACCCGGCGUUUGUGUGGCCCGAACUUCCAAAGAAACGAUGGGCGCACGGGAUCAUGACCCUACCGCGCGCUCAAAGCUAUCCGUCCAAGGCGCCCAGUCCGUUUCAAAUCACCAACAGCACAAACGAGCCGUUGGUGUUGCAGUAUCGCGCGUCGAACGAGUUUCACUACGUCCAGGUCAUUGCCGCUCGCGAAGUCGUGUCGCUGCGGUUUGCGCCAGGCACCGUGCUCCAACUACUCCAUCAAGUCACGGGGCAGGUCGUCGCUUACUUGGACUCGGGGGCGUACGACAUCGUCGACGUCAUUGGCCCUGGCCACGUUGUCGACGACACGUUCGGCCGGACGGCCGCCGACACGAUUGCCGCAUGGUCGCCGCUUCAGUCGGUCAUGACUGCCGUGUAUCCGCCGGAGAGCCCCAUGGCUGCGAUCCAAGCGCGGUUGCAGCUCAAAGACAGGAUGUUGGCUCUGUUGAAAGCGCCGCAACUGUUUGACAUGCGCUUCGUCGUCGACAUGGUCCCGCUCGUGACGUCGGUGGAAGAUUUGGCGUAUUUUGUUGGAAUUGUCGUCGCGUACGACACCCUGUGGUCCGACCAAGCUGGCGACGACAUGCUGUCGCGCCUGCUUCGCCACGUGAUGGACAAGAAACUUGUGCUGCAGUCGGAGCAAGCCGCGUUUUUCUCGGUGUACAUCCUCGACCGCCUCAAGAACCUCGGGCGUUUGAACGAGUUUCAAGUCGCUUUCUGGAAGAGCGAAGCCACCAAAGUCGGCGGCGAAAGCGCGGGGUGGGUUGCCGAAUUGCGUCAACGGCAGCAAGUCGUGGCACUCAACCUCCACCAUCUCAACGAUCAAAUUGGGACGGUCGCCGCCGUGGUGAGCAGGAUGGGCCAAACCCUUGCCAAUUUGCUCCAGCGCGAACAAGUUCGGGCGAUUCGGGUGCGACAACUGCGUGCCGUCGAGACGAUGUCUCACAUCCUUGUGUUCCAGGGCGAAUUCAAGCACAAGUGCAACGUGAUCGUCGGCCUCGCGACGUGCCAUUUUGGAUUUGUCGGCAAGAUUGCAAAAGAAGGCAUUGUUCGCGCGCUCAUGUACAUCUUCAAGCAAUUUGUGACGCUCCCCAUGCUGCGUACGUCUGGCCCUUUUACGUGGAAUGCACUGAGCCACAUGACAACUAGCGACCAUCUUCACCCCGGUGGCUGGCAUCGCUCCACCGCCCAUGCCAAGUUUCUCGCCAUCGACUUCUCGGUACGCUCCGAGCCAACAGCACACGCCACCUGCCUACGUAUCACGGCAUGACCCUGCGCUUCCCACCCACCAUCCUCAUCACACGAGCCAAACACAACGACACUUCACCUACGUGAAUGGCCGACGGUCGUCGAUGCCGCCAGAGUCUCUUUUGCCGUCGCAGUUUGUCGAGCUUCCACCCGAUCGACACCGCGCCGUGUCGGUGACUGUACAAGGUGCCCAGGGCAACUACGCCAUCGACCACUGCCAUUCCGCGCCGCCAUCGUCGUCGUCCCAACGCCACGACCCCGACGCACGUGGUCGCAUGGUUCGAAACCCCAUGCCUGACCCAAGCGCCGCUGAGAACCCGCCGUAUGCCACCGCGCCUCCCGACGAUCCGUUCCAGCCGCUUGAUGCCAAGCUCGAGACGUUUGUGCAGCUCUUGGACUCGAUGGAAUCCGGAAACACCCCAGUCACGGACGCGUCAAUGAACGCGCUGGCGACAAUGAUCACUGGUGUGCCGGAGCUCAAUACCUUUGUCGGCCACUGCAUGCUUCACUCGAAUAGCGACACGGACUUGUGGAUUCGCCAUGCCAUCGAUGUCGUGACGACCAAGGGCCUCCUCGUUACCGACGCCGACCGAAACGAAUGCAAACUCCUACUCUGCACGUGCAUCGAGUCGAACCUUGUCCAAGCAACGAUGGCCCCCACGUUGUUCCAAUGGAUUCACGACCGACGCCCAGGCCAGUGGCGCGCUUGUUGAAGCCUUCCGACAUGCUGGACGAACGGAUAUACCGUCGGGUCGGCAUCUAGAUGACAAGAAUAACGUGUAUGCCUUACCUUACCCACGUCAUGCACGUCAACACAAUUCCAGGUUUGGACGUGGAUGCGGUCACCUUGCUCCGCCGAUCAUGCCGUCGCAUCCUUUGUCUUCAUGUCUUUCACGAGGGGCAAGGGCCUCUACACAACGCAUGCGAUCGCACGUCGACACGUUGGGAUGCGAUCCUUGUGCAGCAACGGCAUAUCGUGUUCGUGGGAGUCCGUUGCCGUCGGUUUGUCGCUGCGCUCCCGCUGACGAUCAUCACAGGGUUCACUACCGCCACCACAGGCAGCCCAAUCAUGUCUCCAUCCCAAGCACGAGCCCACAUGGAACGACCGGUAGCGAGCGCAUGCCGUUACUCGUCCAUGCGCAGAAUGGCG